UAAAUCAAAUUAGAGAAAAAAUCUCCACAGUGCGGACGUGUGUCGGACGUGAGCGGUAAAAUGUUUGGAUUUAAAUGAAAAAUUUCCAAACUGUCGAGCUGAAAAAUCGAAGUUUUCCAAAAACUAUCGCACAGUUUGAAAGUGUUUUCGCCGCCAAGGCUUAAGGGGCUCUAACGGUCGGAUUGCAGUUCGAUUCUGUGGAAAAUUCAGUGGCACGAAGGCGCGGUUUCUGGACGGAGCAUCCCACUGCCGCAAAGUGCAGGCCGAAAAUCAAUAGCCCCAGCAAGUAAAUAAAGUGCAUUCGAGUGCGGGGUGCGGGGGAAGUGCGAUAAAUGCGAAUGAUAGUGCGUGCGUGAAGAAGAAAGCAAACGACGGAGGCGGCGCAGGAGGAGCAGAUAGCGGAUAGGAGUCGAAAAAGUGCAGAAAGAAAGGAGGAGAAAAGACUGCGCGCUGCAACAAACAACAGAAUUUUUGGUUUUCGGUGCCGCAUUUCUACGUGACGCGAAUUAAUUAAAUGCGCUCUCUCUCUGGUUCUGGCCGUGCCUCUCUCUCGCUCCUGCUCUCUCCCACACACUCUUCCAGUCCACGAAGACUGCAAACAGGGUCAAAAUAAAUAAAACGAAAUAAAACACGUUAACGAAAUACUUGUGUAUAUAAAUUCUAGGUAUUUCCUUCUUUGUUUCUUUAUUUUCGUUUCGCGGUUAACGCGCGUGAUUCAUAACUCGAGAAAACUCGUAUUUGUUGUUGCCAGCGUUGUGAUACCUGGAGUUGAAACAACAACAACGUCAGUAGUACAGUGCAUUGAACCGCAACUGCUGAAAACGCUGCUUACUGGUAAUCGGUUGGAUCUAAAAACAUGGAUAACAACAUCUGUGCAAUAGUCGAGUACGAGUACGCCGCCAAGGAGUCGGACGAACUGGAUCUCCAGAAAGGUGCCAUCAUUCAUCGGAUCAAGCAGAUGCCCGGCGGCUGGUGGCAGGGCACUCUGAAGGCCACCGGAACCACGGGCAUGUUUCCGGAUAACUUUGUUCGCGUCCUGGACGCCAGCAUCGCCAGCAACGGCAACGGAAACGGGAGCGGCGGCGACCACAGCGACGAGGGAACGGGUGUCCAGCUGAGGGACAAAGCCGCGACAUCCAAUCGCCGCUGCAAAGUCAUCUACAGCUACACACAAGUCAACGACGACGAGCUGACGCUGGCCGUGGGUGAUGUCAUUGAAUUCCUAGGGGAGGUCGAGGAAGGCUGGUGGCGCGGUCGUCUGCGCACCAAAGUUGGCGUCUUCCCAUCAAACUUUGUGCAACAUAUCGAACCGUCGCCGAUUCUGGCCUCCAAGCGACCGCCGACGAUUGGCGCCACGGUGACCACAUCCUCCCUGACGGCCAAGGCGUCGAACGUGGCCGCCAGCAUUACCAGUUCCAGCACCGGAUCCUCCAGCGGAGCAACUGCACCAGCCACCACCACCACCACCGCCACCAGCAACACAUCGAAGCAAACGACCAAGAGCAGGGCAGUAGCUGCCCCUCCAGCUCCUGCGGAAUCAGCGGCCAUUGGCUCUUCGGGACUGUCGGCGGCAGGACCCGGAGGUCCCGGAGCUCCGAUGCUGCCACCGAAGCCGCAGCGGGAGUACUGCCGGGUGGAGUUCCCCUACGCACCCCAGAACGACGAUGAGCUGGAGCUGAAGGUGGACGACAUCAUCACAGUGAUCACCACGGAGCUGCCCGACAAGGGGUGGUGGAAGGGAGAGCUGCGGGGGAAAGUGGGCGUCUUUCCGGACAACUUUGUGAAAAUGAUGGCCCCCUCGGAAGGUGACACAGCAGCUCCUCCCCCGCCCAGACCUCGCGCCCGUGCCCGCGGCCGAACCGGAGUUGCAUCCGGAAUUGGAUCCGGGGCUGUAGACGGAACCGGAGUCCGGGUUCCACCGCGGAGUCGAACGCAGCGCGGCGGCUCUUUCGAGUUCUUGGGCGCGCGUAUGGCCAGCUUUAUCACCACGAUUUUUGCCCCGAUCAACGAGCCAGCCACCACCCAAGUGCAGACUCAGUCGCAGCGGAAGAUCGGCAACAUCAACAGCACCACCAGCAGCCACCACAUGACCACAACGAACUCGAGCAACUCCAGCACCACCACGGUGACCACCCAGCAGAAGGAGCAGGUCGGAGGCAGCGCCGCCUCCACCACGUCGAAGGUGUACAUCAAGAAGACGGGCAGCAGCAAUAACAGCACCACCAGCAGCACCACCACCACCGCCUCCUCGUCGGCGGGACGCAAGGAGAGUUUCGGUUCUCGCGACUCCCUCAACGACAUUCUGAGCGAAACGGGUCUGCCCACGGGAAAUGUGGCUGCCCAAAGGAAGUCGCUGGAGAAUAAAAACCUCGACUUGACCAAGCCACCGGGCGCAGCCAUCAGUCAGCAGAGGAGCAGCACGAGCAGCUCCACAUUGACCACCUCAGUGGGCACUGCACUGGCAGCCUCGGCGGUUAGCAAAAGCUUGGAGAACAUGGACGAAAAGGUCAAGUCCCCGCCACCGCCGGUGCUCAGCAAGAAGCCUAGUGUGCCGCUCAAGAAAACUCCAACAGGCGGAGUACCCGUGGCAGGCAAUCUACUGGGCGGCAAGAAAAAGAACCCGGAUGGAAAGCUAACCAGUGCCGUCUCCCACGACUUGGCUGAUGGCUUGACUGCCAGCAAACUGGUCACAGGUGCCAAUCAGCUUCCGGAUGCGGGAGCACCGGGAAAUCUGGUGAUUCGCAGGGCAGCCACCAUCGCCGUUGAAGAUACAGACUUCGAUCGCGUAGAACGCGCCUCGAUCCUAACGGAUAUGCGCCAAGGAAGAGUCAAGGCCCCGAAACGACGACCACCCUCGGCGGCCAUAAACGUGCUGGGAGAGAGUAACAAUAACUCUGUGUAUGUGAACGGAAGUGGAACAGCGGGGGGAGCCGGCAGUGCCAGCGAGCUGAGCGAAGAUGGAGGCAAGCCGGCAGCUUCGUCGGAUGACAAUUCGACGGGCGAGGAGCCGCAGCUGGCCAAGCCAAAGCCACGCGAAUGGGAGAAGAAGAAGGCGCCCUGGAUGGAGGAGUUGAAGGCUUCGCAGGUGACCCGCAAAAAGACAUCGCCCAGCGUGGAGCCACGAGGAGCAACAGUGGCCGAGAGGACCUCCAAACUGUUCGCCGCCGACCAAGCAAUUAGCAGUAGCAUUAGCUCCAGCAGCAGUACCACAUCGAAAGUGCAAUCCUCAGCGGUGACAUCCUCCAUGUACGCGGAGAACACCAGCAGCAGUUCCGUGACCACCAGCAGCAGCAGCACCAGUGCGGUCACCGUCACUGCCAACGAUGCCAUCAUGUCCCGCAGUCUAUCCGCCGCCAAGGCAGCUGCCAGUAGCGACGAGGAGACGAAGGCCGCACGUCCCAACAGUCUUGCGAUACGGAAUCAACGAAGUGUUUCCCCCCUGGUCAAGAGCUCCACUGCCAGCAGCUCGCAGUCUCAGGAGGAGAAGCCCAGCCAGCUGACCAACCACCAGGAGCCACCCGCCAACAAAGUCAACCAGCUGGAGGCGAGAAUCGAAAAGUUGGAGGGUCUGGUUCAAAACCAACAGCGCACCAUCGAGGAGCUGGUGAACGCCCUGAAAUCGGAGGCGGAGCGCGUUAAGAUUUUAAGGAGCGAGCUGGACAAAUACGCGCAGUGCGUGACGCAAGUUUGAGCCAGAGACUAGCUCUAUGAUACAUAUAUGUAUAGCCUUUUAGCUAGCUUCAGUCCUUGAAUUUUAGCGUGCUGAACUCUACAUUCCCAGGCCUAGAACGUAGAACGUAGACCGUACCCAAGACAAUCCCAAAUAUCUGUGCUCUGUGUUCUGUACUUAUCCAGAAUGAACUUUUAGCGAACAGCCGUUUUUGCAUGCUAAAACAGUAUCGUUUGUCGCUUAUCCGUAUAAUACCUUGUAUUCCACCCCUGUAUAUCUGAUAGUUUUUCAAUAAGUAUUUUUUAUACAUUCGUACACUCGAAGGACGGUGAAGAUGGGACAUUGUGUGAUUUCUUUUAACUGAUCUGCUUUCGAUUGCGAUUUGUUUUGUUUAUACGAUUUAUGAUUAUUUUUUAAAGAUGUAUUAAAGUUAUGAGUAAAGUGUACUAUAAACUAUAUACUAAACGUGCGAGAGAGAAAUAUACAAAGUACUUGUACGAUGGAGUUGAAAGCCUAAUACUUAAGCAAUAUCAAUAAAUAAUGCAAAUAAAUAUCUCCAUGUUUUCUGAA